CCGCCCGCCCCCAUGGAGACCUCGACGACGGACGCGCCGCCCGUCGCGACGCUGCGCAAGACCGCGAGCUUGCCGGCGUACGACCUGGCGCUGCGCCGCGACGACGCCUCGGCCUCCUCCGGCGCCGCCGAGCCCGCCUGCAGCGACACCAACAGCGCGCGCGUGCCCUCCAUCGCCGAGGAGGACGAAGACGUCGACGUCGUGACGCUCUCCUCGGCCUCGGAGCUCAGUCUGCGCGGCGCCAACGGGGACGCCGCACAGGAGGAGCCCUCGUCGCCCAAAGACACCGUGCCCCAGCUGCCGAAAGUAGGCAGCUCGCGCACCGUGCCGACGCUCGAGAGAUCGCACACGUCCAGCGAGCUCAUCGGCCUGCGCUCGAGGGAGAAGAAAAGCUCCGAGUCAGCGUACUCGAGCCCGGCGUCCGGGUCGGCCCCAUCUUUCGAGAUCGAGAGCGUCACCUUGCCCACCGACGGCGUCACCGAGGCGGAGAUUGAUAAGACCACGCACACGGUCUUCUCCGUCGAGGUUAGGCUGCAGGGGGGACUGCAGUGGCUCAUCCGCAAGCGCUACUCGGACUUCCGCGAGCUCCACGAGAGGCUUAAGAGGACCAGCUCGCCGGUCAAGCAGCUGUACUUCCCCAAACGUCACGUGUUCCGCAAUCGGCACCAGAGCGUCGUGGAGCAGCGACGCAGCGAGCUGGAGAAGUACAUUAACGAGGUGCUCGACAUCAAGCCGCUGAUCCGCGUGCCGCUGUUCAACUUCUUGGAGGUGUAUGCGCACAUGGAGUCAUACGAACGCAAGCUGCAGCGCCAUAAGAAGGAGCUCGAGUCGGAACGGAUGAAGAACCUGCUGCCGCCGGAGCUACUGGAGGAUUUUUCGUCGGCUUUCAAGCGAUUAUGCUCCUCGAAAUAUUUAUACCAUGGGAGCACGAGCACCGGACAUAAGACAGAGGCGGAAAGCUCGCGCAGCUCGUCGAGCAGCACCGCGCCAAACUCGAACGGUCGACCACCGACGUCUCCAGUUAAGGAUACGGCACCGACGUCAGCUUCUUCUGGGGAGCCUUCGAAGGGCAGCACUACGGACGAGCGCGGAAAUCGCCACAGUGUCAUAAUGCACACGGCAGGAUCGCAGAUUUGUAUUAGCCGUGCAUCCUUCCGAAGAGAUAUCCUCGGCGUCUUCCCGGACAUACCGUCGAGCUUCGCGAUGCGUUUCAUGAAGGCCGUCUCCGACCGUCAAGGCUCUGAUAUCAACAUGGAUGAAUUUCUGCGUGCGGUGGCCAUUCUUCGCUGCGGCACAAUAGAGGACCAGCUUCAAUUCAUCUUCAACAUGUGCGAUUUGGAUCACGCAGGUAAAGUGCAAAGCACGGGACUGAGUAACUUUUUGGUGUCGCUUCAUGGACGCCAUGUGCUCGACCGACCAGAGUACCGGCGGUUGUUGAGUGAAGGUUUCGAUCAGGGCCGAGUGCGCAUGACGAGCGACGAGUUUAUCAAGAUCGUUCCCGAGCUGAAAGCCUACCACACCCUAGUGGACUGGAUGGCACCCUUCGCCGACAUUUUGUGCGAAACAGCUGACCCGCAGCUGCUGGAGUCCCAGGAGGAAUUUAACCCCGCCGUGCAGCAGAAGAUCCUCGCAAACGAGACCCACUUUAAUGCGAAGGAGGUGGCCGUAUUACAAGACGCCUUUAACAACUACCGGGCCUCAAGCGGUGGUGAUGCUGUCGAUUUGGAUGCACUUACCAGUGACUUCCCGCUGGAGAUGUCUGAGGAACGCUUCAGCCGCGUAUUUAGCAGCUUCGGCUCGCGCGCAAACGGAUCUGAUAUUGAUGUGUUCAGCUUCGUGAGUGCCCUGUCAGUUGCAUGUCGAGGUACUACCAAGGAGAAGGCCGAGUUUGCAUUCAAACUGUUUGCGAGCGUUGGCGACAACACCUACAUGACUCGCGAGGAUAUCUACGGUAUGCUCCGGCUCGACAUUACUCAGAACCCAGAGCUGGAGAGUCAGAUCACGGCCCUUAUUGAGAAGAAGCACCCAUCGCUGAACGCUACGAAGAGUGCUUCAUCGUCCUCUCUGAUCGAAAGUAUGGGUCCAAGAACACCUUCUGUGUCGGGCUCAGAGCUGGGCAUUUUCGUGGAUGGCGUCAUGAAGGGCUUUGGACAAAGAAAAAGCGUUUGGGACGCGAGUUCAUCUUCGAAGCAGACCGAGGCUCUGACACUGACGGUGGAGGAGUUUACUACAUGGGCUAUCAAGCAGAAGUAUGAGAUGGCGACGUUGCGAAUUAUGCGCGAAGUUGCGUUCAUCGAUCUGGGUCUGGUUCCAGCUACCAAAGAAGAAGAGUUGCUGAUCGCGACGGGUUGCUACAACGCAUAUGAUCCUGAUACGUUGGUUGAAGACGACCGCUGGUAUUUGAUCGAACGCAAGUGGUACAUUCACUGGUGCAGGUACAUCAAGAUCCGCGUGAAGGAAUCUCUGCUUCUCUCGCCCCCGGUAUCGAAUCCUACCACUACCGCGACUUCUACUCCGAGCACGUCGAAGGUGCAGGUGAAUGGUAGCACCACCGCCCACAAGGACAACUAUAUGAAAAAUCUCAAGGGAGAGAUAGUCCGUCCGAAGUGCAUCAAUAACUAUCCGUUGCUCACGAGCGAUCGACGUGACAGGAUUCUGAAGACGUCUGAUGACAUUAAGCUGGGCCGCCAUUAUGUUAUCAUCUGCGAGCAACUGUGGAUGGCGCUGAAGCUGUGGUACGGAGGAGCUGAAACGAAGAAAAAACUCGCCAAGAAGAAGUCCAAGGAUAAGGACGCUGAUACGAACAACGAAGAGGAUGAAGACGACGAUGAUGCGGAAGACGAUAUGUCCUCCGUACCGUCUGAAGACGAAUCUCGCAGAAAGCAGGAACUCGCUCUUCCGCGUCGGAUGCGAUCGGGUGGUUCUGUCGGUCUUGCAAACCUUGGCAACACCUGCUACAUGAACUCAGCUUUGCAGUGUCUUACCAACACGAAGUUGCUGGCCGAAUAUUUCCUGUCGGGAAUGUACUUGGAAGACAUCAACCGUACCAGUACUCUGGGGCUGCAAGGUAAGCUGGCGGAGGUCUACGGCAAACUUGCAGAAGACAUGUGGUGCGUCAAGCAGAAGUCGAUCUCCCCUCGGAACUUCAAGAAGUCGAUCGGCAAGUUCAAUGAAGUAUUCCGCGGCAAUGACCAGCAGGACGCACAGGAGUUGCUAGCUUUUCUGCUGAGCGGCUUAAGCGAAGACCUAAAUCGCAUUCAAGACAAGCCGUAUAUCGAGCAGCCCGACAGCGAUGGGCGCUAUGACGCCGACCUCGCAGAUGAAUGGUGGCGCAACCACCUCCGACGGGAGGUAUCGAUUAUUGUCGCGUUGUUCACGGGCCAGUAUAAGUCGUUGCUGACAUGCAGCAUCUGUGGCUUCAAGUCUGCACGAUUUGAGCCCUUCACCUUCCUACAGGUGCCAUUGCCAGAACCCAAGCACAACACGGUGACGGUGCAAUUGGUACUCGCUAGUGGGGUCACUCCGAUGAAGGUGUCGGUGCGUUUAAGUAUUUCAGCGACGAUUUUUGACCUGAAGCACGAGCUGAUGAAAAUGUGCCACGACGAGUUUGGUCUACCUGAUGUGGCUGAGAGUGAUAUCAAGUUAUGCGAAUUCAGCGGAUCGAUGAUCCUCAGCUUCAAGGCCGAUAACCGCCGUGUUGGGCAGAUUCGCAGCAUUGACCGGCUCAUAGCUUUCCAGUUGGAGCCACUUGACUCGGAGACAGUUCAAGCCACGCGCCACCGUCGCCCAUCGUACGUCCCGGCCGUCGGCUCGGGCGGUAUUCGUCCUGAUGAGGCAGAUCACUCGGCUUUCUACGAAAAGUUAACGAAGGGUGCGUUGGUCGAUGUGCGGAUGCGAACCCAGUCACACGAGUACAUCCCUGCUGUGGUUUUGGAGCCGCCCACUGCACAUGCUGAUUAUGAAGAUCAACCUGUUGUAUUGGUGCGCCUCCGUCGUACGGAGGACGAGAUAAAGGUGCCUUUGAACCGGCUUCGACCACGUCAAGCGCGACUACUGUACAUUCCUCUGCUUUCGCGCAAGCUGAGUUACUCGGCCGUGUACUUCAAGAACCCCUUCAGGCCUGUGCCGUUCGGGUCACCCAACCUCGUGCGAUUAUGUCCCGAGCUCACCAGCGGUCUUCAGUUGUAUCAACUUGUGUGGGAGCGUGUGAAGCAAUACGUGGGCCCGGAUGCAAAGGCCCCGACCGAAUGGGCUGAAGAUGAGGCCCGCAACGUAGACUGCUUGGUCGCUAACCAUAUUGAUGGUGUGUUCGCGGGCUUGAAUGACGCAUCUGAAAUCUUUAGCUCGAAGUGCGGAUUCCUGUUGCGUCGCGUGGAGAGCAAGGGUUUGACGGACUCGCGCUCGUCAUGGCUGACGCGAAGCUUCGGAUUCACUAUCCCGUGCACCUCAGAACCUCUCGAUGUUUUGGAAGAAGAAGCGAUUGCUAUCGACUGGGAUCUAAGCGUUUUCCAGGACCGUGAAACGAUGGACAAGAUGAAGCACGUCGAGAACCACGAUAGUGUGGCGCGUAACGAGGCCAUUGACAAGGGACCUGUACCGCUGCGCCACUGCCUGGACGCAUUCACAAGUGAGGAAAAAAUCAGCGAAGGUUACUGUUCUAGUUGUCGGCAGCACCAGGAAAUGACGAAGAAACUGGAGAUAUGGCGUCUUCCUCCCGUCAUGGUGGUGCACUUGAAGCGUUUCCAGUACACGCAGACGUAUCGCCGGAAGUUGGGGUCGCUUGUCGAGUUCCCAAUUCACGACCUUGACCUUUCCUGUUGCGUAGCACCUCACAUCGAGAUUCCAGACAAGUAUCCGAUGAAGAGACCGAAGAGUACGUCGUCCAGCGGAGUAUCAGCACCUGCGCGAAAGCUACUCAAGCUCAAAUCCCGUACAGAAACGACUGAAGUUUCCGUUGAGGCUGAUGCACAGUCAUCCCCGGAUGCAAAGGCAGGAAGCAAUGCUACGACUGACACCGAGACCACUGCCACCAGCGACAGCCAGCGCGCAGCUGCAGCACAAGCAGCAGCAGUACGCAAUCGCGUUCGCGCGCUUGGUGGCGGUCACUACACUGCGUACGCUAAGAACUUCGUGGACGACCAGUGGUACUACUACGAUGACGAGCGAGUUCGCGUCGUGGAGGAACAGCAGGUCGUGAGUCCAUCGGCCUAUUUGCUAUUCUACCUCCGCUCAGACAUGGAUAGCGUGCUCGUGAAGGAUUUAUUCCCGAAGAACAUGAAGCCCGGCAAAAUCACGGACGAGGAUAUUGAACGCUUCGUGGAGGAGGGUGACGAGCGCCGCUGCACCAUCAUGUAA